AUGGCCGAGGCUGUAGUCUCCAUUACUCUUCAAACCAUUGGCGAUCUACUUGUUGACGAAGUUAAAUUCUACAGUGGAUUGAGAUCCCAGGUCGAGCAAAUCGAGCAAGAGCUUCAACUUAUGAGAUCUUUCUUGAAAGAUGCGGAUGCACAGCAAGAUGCGGAUGAACGUCUCCAAAAGUGGAUUUCAGAAGUUCGAGAAGCAGCUUAUGAUAUAGAGGAUAAUAUCCUUGUAUUUGUUGCUGUAAAAAACAAGUCCAGAAGGUACAGAAAUUCGAAAAACUUGUUGAAAAAAAUGGGUUGCUUUUUUAGAGAAAUUAUCACAACUCACAAGGUGGGUUCUCAUAUUUCUGAUAUUAAGAAUAAGAUAAUUAGUCUCACUACGAGUUUACAGACUUAUGGGAUAAAACCCAUAAAUAAUCAAGGAGAAAAUCCGGGUUUUGAUGAUGCAAGAAUUCGGGAUCUGAGGAGGUCUUAUUCUCAUGUUGUCGAGGAAGAUUUUGUGGGAUUACAAGGAGAUAUUAAAACGUUGGUUGCACAUUUGAUUGAUGAACAAAAGGAUAGGGUUAUUUCAAUUUAUGGAAUGGGGGGUUUGGGGAAGACAACAAUAGCUAGAAAAGUGUAUGGCGAAAGAGAUGUUCGACGCCAUUUUGAUGGAUUUGCUUGGACUUGUGUAUCCCAACUAUGGGAUAAAAAGGAUAUUUUACAGGGGAUUUUGAUAAAACUGAUUCCUGAGGAAAGGGAUGAUAUUUUGGGUAUGAGGGAUGAGGAAUUGGUUAGGGAACUGCACGAUGUGCAGUUGAAGAAGAAGUGUCUGGUAGUUCUUGAUGAUAUUUGGUCCAUUCAAGCUUGGGACAGCCUUAAAUCGGCUUUUCCAAAUACUACUGGUGCAGGUAGCAAAAUAUUGCUCACGACACGGAAUAGAGAAGUUGCUUCUUAUGUUUAUCCGAGUGGAUUUCUUUAUGAGCCCAGGGUUUUGAACAACGAGGAGAGUUGGGAAUUGCUAAGGAAGAAGGCAUUUCCAAGAAGACGAGAUAUUGCCGAAUAUGUGAUUGAACCCGAGAUGGAGACAUUAGGAAAGGAUAUGGUUGCACGUUGUUGUGGUUUGCCAUUAGCCAUUUUGGUGCUUGGUGGAAUUCUCGUAACAAAGCACAAUGUUAGAGAGUGGCAGACGGUACAUGAGAACAUCAAUUGGUAUUUGGCUCGGGGCAGAGGUCAUGGACAACAGCAAGCAGUAACGGAGGUUUUAUCCUUCAGUUACCAUGACCUUCCGUACCAGUUCAAGCAAUGCUUUCUUUUUCUGGCCAAUUUUCCGGAGGAGUUUGAGAUAGAAGCUGAGAAAUUGUACCAAUUCUGGCUAGCCGAAGGCAUCAUACCACAGGGAGAACGCGCUGAAGAAGAAACAAUGAUGGAUGUAGCUGAACGCUACUUGGCUGAACUGGCACAAAGGUGCAUGGUCCAAGUCAACGUAAAAGAAACAGCUGGUGGUUUCAAAAACUGUAGUCUUCACGAUCUUAUGCGGGAUCUUUGUUUGUCUAAAGCCAAAGACGAAAACUUCGCCAAUGUCAUUGAUUUUAGACGUGAUAAGAAACCCAUGGAUUCAUUAUCAUCGAGCAGUAGAAUUCGAAGAAUUUCCGUUUAUUUGGAUUCCGAUAUGACACAGGACGCUGUUGCUUGUAGGGAAAAUCAUCACAUCAGGUCCGCUUUCUUUUAUGCAAAUGAUUGUAGGCAAGAUGUUUGGCAACAAAUGAGAUUUCAUCUCAGUAGCUUCAAGUUACUCAGAGUUUUAAAUCUUCAAGGAUUUCAAUCUGCCGAUGAGUUGCCUAAAUCGAUUGGAGAUUUGAUCCACUUGAAGUCCCUGAGUUUGAGCUAUUCUAAAUUCAAGAAGUUGCCGUCAUCAUUAAGCAAAUUGGUGCACUUGCAAACGCUCGAUUUGGAAGUUGUUGAUUCACUGCAAAUCCCGAAUAUCAUCUGGAAAAUGGAAAGAUUAAGACAUCUAUAUCUUCCUAAAAUGUUUCAGACUCAAGAUGGUUUGAAAUUACGACUGGAUGGAUUAAUUGAACUGGAGACUUUAAUAAACUUCAACGCUAGCUUAUGCGACGUGAAAGAUCUUGACACAUUGACUAAUCUUCGGAAACUAAGAGCAUCGAUAAGGGAUAAUCUCGUUGACCUGCCAAAUAUACUUAAAUACAUAAGCUUCACACAGAAUCAUCUUAGACGCUCGUCCCUUUACAUUUCUUGCCCGCAGUUUUGUUCAGAUGCUGAGUUAAGUCUUUUGAGGACACUACUCGGGUGUCAUCGUCUUUACAAGCUAUCCAUAAAGGGACGUAUUGCUAAGUUACCGGAAUUUUACCAUUUCUCAUCAAGCAUUGCUAAAAUGACCUUCAAGGCAUCUUUACUUGAGGAAGACCCUAUGGCAACACUAGAAAAACUACCAGAGUUAAGUAGCUUAACGAUAUUUGAUUUGACUUUUGUGGGAGAAGAGAUGGCCUGCUCGAGUAAGGGGUUCCCGAGACUUCUGUAUCUGAAACUGUGGGGUUUGUCAAACUUGAAGAGAUGGAGGAUCGACGCAGGAGCCAUGCCUAAACUCCGUCGUCUUGUUAUUGCUCAUUGCGAACAAUUGGAAAUGCUCCCGGAUGGACUUAAAUUCGUUACUACACUGCAAAAAUUGAAUGUUCGUUUGAUGUCCGACGAUUUUAAAGAUCGACUUAGAGAUGAAAGUGGCGAUUUUUACAAAGUUCGACAUGUACCUGAUAUCAAGCUUGAUUGA